AGCUGGUGUUACAUUUCCCUAAAUCUACACUAGAACUAGUUCAGUUUGGUGUUAGUGGUGAACACUGGCACAGACAGUCCACAGAGCAGCAUCAGGAUGGAAGGGAUCUUCAUUGGUGUCUUGUGUCUCUCAGGGUGCCUCACCUUCUCCACAUGCCUCCUCCAUCAGUACCACUUUGUGUCUGAUGCAAAGACUUGGACUGAAGCUCAGAGCUACUGCAGAGAGAUGUACACAGACCUGGCCACUAUUGAAAACACUGAAGAAAUGAAGAAACUUAAAGACACAGUUUCCGCCGCUGGUCACAGCUCUAAGGUUUGGAUUGGCCUGUACAGUCAUAUUGACUGGAAGUGGUCAGAUGGGUUCACAGGGACUGGAGCUGAAUAUAGGAACUGGAAGUCUCCUGACCCAUCCAAUGUAGAAGCCAAUGAGCUCUGUGUGAUCCAGUUAAAGUCUGGAACAUGGUAUGAUAUUGACUGCCAUAGGAAGAGUCCAUUUGUCUGCUGCAAUGGAACAUUAGAGGAUUCUGACUUUGUGCUGGUGAAUACAGCAAAGAAUUGGUCUGAGGCUCAGAGGCACUGCAGAGAACACUACACAGAUCUGGCCACUGUGAGGAACAACGCUGACAGAGACAAGAUACGGAACUUGAUGAAACAUCUCGAUUGGGCAUCGAUCGCAGUUAAGACGUUGGUGAAGGUGAGGGUGGAGCUACAGGACUCCUCUGUGGACCUGAAUGACCCUUCUGUGAAAGAACAGAUUCUGAAAGAGGCAAGUCUCCAAAAUCCACCCUGA